AUGGCUUGCAACAAAUUCUCUUCCAUAGUUUUAGUGCUUUCUCUUCUUUCUUAUUCAACACUCAUUAAUGCUAAUGGUUGUCCACCAUCACCAAAUCCAACACCUUCCCCCGCUGCUUCUCCACCGUCACCCCAAAGUUCCUGCCCCAAGGACACGUUAAAGCUAGGGGUUUGUGCUGACCUCUUAGGGUUGGUUAAUAUUGUUAUCGGAGACCCUCCUUCGGGUAGUAGUUGUUGCGCAUUGAUCAAAGGUUUGGCUGAUUUGGAGGCUGCACUUUGCCUUUGUACCGCACUUAAGGCCAAUGUGCUUGGAAUCAACUUGAAUGUACCUGUCGCGCUCAGUUUGAUCCUUAGUGCUUGUCAGAAAACCGUUCCUUCUGAUUUUCAAUGCGUCUAA